AUGUCUAUGCAUCAUGUUGAUUUAGGGACACACUUUGAACGUUUGGGUCUGCCUCGAGAUUAUGACCAGACCUUAGAGGCAAGGGAUCCAGCACGCAAUUACACUUGCAGGUUUGAAACAAACGUUCGGCUUGCAACUGAGAAUAAAGAUUGCUUCCAUGUUGUCACAACCCGCUGCAGGCCCUUGCCCCCACCUCCUCCUCCAGGGGAAGAUGGAUUCCAAUGUGGAUUUGACACACUCUCCGUGGAUGAGCUUUUCAAAGGCAACAUGCCCGAUUGGUUGCCUGAUGACUAUGCCACUAGUACGCUGCUGCUGCAAUACUACGAGAUGAAAGAAUCAGAGGUGGAACAAGCCAAAGAAUGGCUUCAUCUUUACGCUGAACUAGCCUUGUACACCAAGAAGCAGACGGACCCGUUCAUGUUUGAGCGUUCAAAGCCCCUGGAGCUCGGAAAGGUUGUUGUGCAAACCAGAGGAGUUGUCGACUCUCUGAAAGAGGUCGAGCUGUUGGAUAAUGCAGUCUUCUUCAUAACCUUCAAAACAAGUUGCGGUGAUGUCUGGAAAGGUAUCAUCAGGAGGACAAGCGAUGGGAUUCCAGAGCAUCUAUCACUUGAAGCCAAGUGCUUCAUGUGAUGUGAAGAGUCUCUUCUGAGGUUGACUAUGAGAGAAAUUAUAAACGUUUGUAGUUUUUUAUCUACGCUAGCACGUAUCUUUUAAGUUGAUUUAAGGCCACGCUAAUUAAAAUCUUGUAUUCUAAUUUGGAACUUAAAAUGUCUUUUUGGACAUCCA